GUUCCUCCGCGAACAUGCGCACUGCAGGAAAAUUAAAGAACCUGAAACAUUUGGUGAAAUUUGUUCAUUUGAAAAGUUAAUGAUCAAGUCAUGAGAGUGGCGAUCUGCAGAUAGCUUGUUGAAAAUUUAACAUGACAUCUUCUAAUUCAGCGGGGAGAAAGCCGGCUUUGUGCCGUUUCUUCGUGAAUACUGGAAACUGUGUGUAUGGUGAAGACUGUCAAUUUAUCCACCAGAACCCAGGAGUUGGAUUUCAAAAACCAUAUUCCAAUGGACCGAUGCAUUCUUCAGAAAAUCAGGGUAUACCGGAUUCCUUAGGAAACAAUGGAGAUCAGUAUUUCAAUGCAACCUUUGGAGGAGAGAGCACUGUGCCAGAUUUUAACCCGUUUUCUAGACCCCCCAUGGGUCGUCCUGGCAGGAGUAUGCUCGGUCCCUCAGGUCAUGCACCAAACUUUGGUCCAGGUAACCCCCGUAUGGACUUAGCCUCAGGGGAGGGGAGACUGGAUUGUCACCCGGGUAGUGGACAGAUGAGAAUGGACAACUUCCGGUCGGAUGGUGUUCGAAUGGAUCAUGGAAUUGCAUCAGACUUCGCAGCUUUAAACCUCCAGAUCUCCAAUACUGCUAAGGGACCAAACCCUAUUGCUAAUGAGUUUGUCCCCAAGUCGACAUCCCUGAGUCACAGUGCCAGUUCCCCUAAUUUCUCAACCCUUAAUGGAAAUGGAUAUGCUCCACCACAUUCAAAUGGGCCCCCACCACCGCCACCACCCCCAAUGAUGAUGUCUGGGCAGCAAGAGAACCACAGCAUAGCUGCUGUGGUACCACCUAACAACAUGAUGAUGUCGAACACCCCACCCCCUCCUCAUCUAGUGCCUACAAGUGGCGUUACUUUGGUCACAACCAGUCCUAGCCAUAGUCCACACCUGUCUCCCUCCAGCUCACCCCUGAUGAUGCGACGGACCGCAUCCUCCCCCAUCACCCCCCUCAAGCAAACCACCACCCCAAAAAAAUCAAACAAUACCACCAUCCAGGAGAAUGUUGGUGGCACAACUUAUUUUUAUUCACCGGAUGAUUUCACCCCCCAGCAUGAAGCCACUCAACUGCCAAAUUUCUCCAUGUUUCCCAGUCUCCCACCCCACAUUGCACAUUUAUCGGUCAAGAAAAAUAUGCCUCAGUUCCAUAUGCCUGAUGAACUCAAAAUGGAUAUCUUAAAUAAACAUGCUCUAACGAUGGCGCAGCUGGACACUACCCAAACCACAGAUAUCCCUGCAGAAGUGGAUAAUUAUCACAAUCUCUUCCCCCUGGAGCCCCCGCUAGCUAACCCAAUGCAGAAAUCCAACACUUUUGGUUACCCCACCACUUGCUACAAAGCAGUCAACACCAAAGAUGGACUGACUUAUUGCUUACGCAGAGUACACAGUUUCCGGUUAUCUAACACAAAGUGUAUGGGCAUUAUAGACAUGUGGAAAAAGAUGUACCACCCCAAUAUCGUACAGCUGAGAGAGGUCUUCACAACCAAGGCCUUCGGUGACAAUUCCAUAGUGUUUGUGUACGAUUUUUUCCCUGGGGCUGAGACGCUGAUGUUAAGACAUUUCAGUGGCCCAGGCGGAAUGAACGGUUACAACAAUUCCUUCAGCAUGGAAGGGGGCGGGUCAUCGAGGUCCUACAACUCUGGAAACAAAGGACUGAAUGGACCUAGACAACAUGCUGGCUUGUUGCCAGAAAGCAUGAUCUGGGCCUAUGUCGUCCAGCUGAGCUCCGCGCUGAGGGCCAUUCAUGCUGCCGGUCUCGCUUUCAGAACAAUGGACCCAAGUAAAAUCCUUAUCUACAGCAAAUCAAGGAUUCGACUUAACUGUGUUGGUAUUCUAGAUGUGUUGACCUUUGACAGCCAAGGGAACCCCCUGAUUGCCAUUCAGCACUAUCAGCAGGAGGACCUGAUGUACUUAGGAAAAGUUGUGCUGGCGUUGGCUUGUAACACCGUCAUGGCCAUCAAGAGAGAUAACUUCCAGAACUCCAUGGAGCUCAUUGCCAGGAACUACUCUGCAGACCUUAAAAACUUCUUCCUGUACCUGUUGACCAAUCAGAGUCGUCCACGCAGCAUUAAUGACAUUAUGCCUAUGAUUGGAGCACGCUUCUACACACAACUUGAUUCAGCUCAGCUAAGAAGUGAUGUGAUUGAAAAUGAACUCACCAAGGAGGUUGAAAAUGGACGUUUAUUCCGCCUAUUGGCCAAGCUAGGAACCAUCAACGAGAGGCCAGAGUAUAACCUAGAUGUUCAGUGGUCAGAGACAGGUGACCGCUACAUGCUAAAGCUGUUCCGAGAUUACCUGUUCCAUCAGGUGGACGAAACAGGUGCCCCUUGGAUCGACAUGGCUCACAUUGUCCAGUGCCUUAAUAAGCUGGACUCUGGUUCCCCUGAGAGGAUUUGUUUGACAUCUCGAGACGAGCAGAGUGUGUUGGUUGUGUCAUAUGCCGAACUGAAGCAGAAUUAUGAACGAGCAUUCAGCGAACUACUCACUCCUUCCAGUCAGGCUCAUGCUGCUUUCACGUAGCUACGGGAAAAUCUAGAUCUGUAGGGAAAUGACGAAAGUUUUCCUUUACAGUGUUCUCAUGACCUCUUAGAUCUUACAAUUUUUUUAUUUUUUUUCGCAAAAAAGUGCUGGUCAGUAUUUUGAACCAAAGGACACUGUUACAACUGUACAAUACAAGGACUGAUAUUAACUGAUCAAAAUUUUUAUAUGCAUGUUUAUUUGUGUAAGUUGCAAUAUUGAUUGUUACGAUCUCGCUUUGGACGCUGGAAUGUGUUUGGCAGCCAAGCUUUGGAGGUAGUGCUCUCAUUCAGUGCUCGUCAAACUUAAGGCAGCAUCUCAAAGACACGUUCCUGUUGGAAUUAAGUGCCGGAAGUGAAUGGAUUUAGAGCAAAUAUUAAUUUAUUUUUUAAAGCAUAAGCCAAUUGGAUGUUGAAUAUUGCCUCUAUGGAGGUACACAAUUUGGAGAGAAAUUAUUCAUUUGUGUAUUUAUGACAAUGUAUUUAAUAUGUUUUUAUUGUUGACAGAUAAUGCUGUUGAUAUAAUUGUGAUGAGUUUUGGGCAUUGUGGCAAACAAAGAAUGGCAGCAUUUCAAGCUGACCUAAAACAGUGCAAGGAUGGAGUGUGGCUCAGUGUAGCAACAAAGGGACACAACUCUUACAAGCCUGUGUUGGCGACAUGUAGCCAGUCUUGGUGUGUUUAAUCUGCUCAGAUCAAUUUGACAGCUUUAUUUACAUAUCCUGCCCAUGUUAACAUGAACAGUUGGAUAAACUUAGAUUUUGCAUUUGUGCAAUAGACUUUUUGUAUUUAAAUUGCAAAUGUCAUAUUGUUCUCCAUUGGGCAUACUCUGUGUUCAAACAUGUAACAUUCAAAUGUCAUUAUCAGAAUUUCAGCAAAUGAAAUCAAGUCUUCAUUUUUUUGUAAAAAAAAAAAAAAAAAAUUGUGACUUUUAAGCCUGGAUUGAGAUUACUUUCAUGAAAUUUAGAUGAAUGUCGGAUCAAGAUUGAUUAAGAAAUUGGUGAAAUUUUGGGUUUUAUUUUUUGGGUCUUCGUCUUGGUUGUUAAAUAAAUGCAGUUAUAAUGUUGUAAUAAUGAUUUUAUUGACAUAUUUUAAUUGGGUUCAGAUAAAUGCCUUAGUUUACAAAUAAGUUGACAAUUUAUGCCUAAAACUUUUGCACCAUGUACGCAGUCGGAAAUUGGUGUCACAAUACUACGUGGAAUUGAUAUAAAUUGGAUGUAAACUGAAGCAUUUUGUCCUGAACUUUUCACAUGUUCAUCAGUCACAUGAUUGCUGUUUUAUUUGUGCUAGGGUGUUAUUUAUUAUGAAGGUGUUUCAAUGUUGCCAACCAAUUGAUUUCUGCUUGAAUUGAAAUGAGAAUAAUUAUACUUGUGUUGACACUAAGAGAACUUGAAUAAUAUCUGAUGAGAAAUGAAAAACAUGAAAGAUUUUCACUUGAUGCGGUUGCAUAUCAGUAACAUUGAAAUGCUGAUUAAUUUUAACUCGGCAGCAUAAUGUUAAACUUGUUGACCUGAGUCUGUACAGCCAUGGGAUUCGAAGACAGUGUACAGAUGAAAUAUUUUUAUGAUGACAAAAAUGUUUUAAAAAAUACCAAAUAAAAAAUAAUAAAAUAUUGAGAAAUUUUA